GAUAAAUAAAUAAAUAAAUAUAGAAAAGAAAGACAAUAAACAGGUACCCGAAAUAAAUGAACAAAUGAGUCGGUCACUGCAGUGGGUACUUGCAACAAAAUAAUAAAAAACAUCAACUCGUUAUGACAGAAAACUACCUGCCUAAAUAAAUAAAUAAAAGAAUAAGAAAAUAAAGCAAGUUAUAAAAAAAGACAACUAUUCCAAUACGCUAAUAAAAAGUCCAAAGAAAGAGCCGAAAUGAACCACAAGUCAACAUUUGAACCGAAACUUUCACUAAGUCAAUCAGUCAGAUAGUAACGUUAGUGCCGGAAGGGUGUGUUGCUGUGCUCUCCGCUGCCAACCACGUGUGGCUUGGAACAGCAACAGUGACUCCACCCACUCCACCUGCACCGUGAUCUCCUUCCUCUCGUCCACGCACAUCGCUCUCCAUCAUUAGGCCGUCGUCAGUGUUCUCCUGGGCGUAGUAGUUGCUGAAAGGCCCGUUUACCAGACACACUGACUCCACGUAGCCCCGAGACGCGCGCCGUAGCAGCCACAAUGGACUCGCCUUGUGAUGGUCUGAGCAAACAAAGGAGAACACCACAGUAAGGACUCCCCCUCCCCCCGUCCUCUACUGGUCACCGUAAUGGCCUUGCCUGGACACGAGGACUGCGAGGGAAGCGGAGCAGAGGCCUCUCAUCCUGGAGGUGGAGAAGCUUGUGGAUGAGGCCAAGGAACUGCUGGAGCGGAUGGAGCUUGAGGUGCGCGAUGCAGAGCCAGCAGUGCGGGAGAGGCUGCGGGCACACAUCCGAGGGUACCAGGUGGAACUGAGACGCCUUGAGGCAGAGUGUAGCAGGGUGCGGGCCUCACCUACUACCCCUGGUAGCAGCGCGAGGGAGGAGCUGCUUGGCGGGGGUGGCGGGGGCAUAAGUGCAGGGCUGAGUGCUGGGGAGGAGCAGCGGCAAGCACUCCUGGACAACACAGAGACGCUGGAACGCACCUCAACUCGCCUGGUACAAGGUCACAAGGUAGCGUUGGAGACGGAACACAUCGGAGCACAGAUACUCAAUGAUUUACACAGCCAGCGCCAGACUCUUUCCCACGCGCGGCAGAGACUGCGGGAUACAGACAGCGACCUUGACCAAAGUUCCAGGGUGCUUGGCUCAAUGCUGCGGCGAACACUGCAAAACAGAUUCGUGCUUCAUCCGUCAGUCCGUCACCUGCUCGCCUCAUCUCGGGUGUGUCCACCUGCCUUCACCGCCUCACCAACAGUCACCCGCCACCCUGCCUCCUCCCUCUCUGUAACCUCUUGUUUUGUAUCAUGGAGUUUUAUCAAGUCAAAAUAAACAUGUUAAUAAUU